AUGAGGCGGUGUUUAUUCUUUGCAGUUUUGGCUUGGCUCGCCAUAGCUUCCAGUUUCUGUGAUGGGAAUGGCCUCUCUGUCUGGGGAGGCACAGGCUAUGGCUUCAAUCGCUCCUUGUCAGCUCCAGACACCUCUGAUUUCUCAUAUUGUGGCCGGCCUUCGUGCACAUUACAUCCAGAUUGGCAUGAUGAUCUGACAUGCUACUACAUCGAAGAGAAAUUGAUCUUGAAUUGUUCUUGGUUGCCCCUACCACAUGCAACAGAUUCUCUUGUGUAUACUGUGUUUUUAAAAUGGAAAUUGGAAACAAAGCAACACUGUGAAAAGGUGGAAACGACCCUGCCUCUUUUAACAAGAAGAAAGCAUCAUAUUCGCAUUCAUGCAAACGUGACCGUAUGGGUAUCAGGCCGCUAUUCCCACGAGGGAUGUGUGACAACAAAGAAAAUUUCAUUCGUGCCCAGCAAAACAAAGAAAUGUCCUUCGCCCUUCAGAAUAAGAGCUUAUCAGUUGUUCCACAAAUUAAUAAUUAUGUGGGACUCACCAAGAGAUGUACUGCAGUAUGAAUUGCAACACAAGGAAGCAAUGCAAGCAACUUCGUCCUGGAUAUCAGUUCCUAUAGAGAAUGGGACCUUUAAUGCAACUAUCUUCAGCGUAAAUACAUCAUCAUCAUAUGUUGCUCGCCUCAGAUGUAAACCCCCUGGUAAAAGUUGUUCUGUUUGUGCUUGGAGUGAAGAAAUUAUGAUCCCACAUAAGCUUACUGAAAAGCCAGUCAUUGUGGAAAAUGCAACUGAAAAGAUAGCACAAGGAAAAAUAAGUAUCUUUCUUAAAUGGAAGACAACACAAAGCAGGAAUACCAUUGGUUACAAUAUAAGCGUCGAAAGAAUACCCCGCUAUUGCCGCCACAUAGUGACAUACCUCAACAUAACAGAGAACUGGGUGCAUCUGAAUCUCUCCAUGGCUUAUUACAGAAUCAAAAUCUAUGCCUACAAUGAAGCAGGAGAGUCCCCUCCACUAACAUACCUGGUUCCAGAUUUCACUGCAAAAGCUACAGAUUCACCUGGCCAGUUCAACCUAUCAAAUCAGCAAAAUUAUUCUGUUAUCACCUGGGAUCUAAAACACAGUUCAGAUUGCAUUGUGAUCGACUGGGGCACUGGAUUAGAAGACAUGAAGAUUCAUGUUUCUACUUGGAAAAAUGAGAUACGGCUAGAUGGCCUCCAACCGUAUAAGUUAUAUAAAGUAACAUUUCAUGCAUUUGACUGUCACUGUGAGGAUUUCAUGAAGAGUGAAUGGACGCUGGCCAGGACUUACUUCUAUGCAGUGGAAGGAGUUCCCAAAAUAGGUCCAGCUAAUGUAACCGUUCCAGUUGUGACAAAGCAGUCAGCUGUUGUGAAAUGGGCUGCCAUACCUACAGAAGAGUGCUUAGGAUUCCUUCUGGGUUACAAAAUUCGCUACACCGAAAUCUUGAACAACCUCUCUGUGGCUGUUACUGUCAGUCCUUCAACUCAGCAGUACCUCAUGACAGGACUUAUGGCAAAAACUCUUUAUAGAGUGCAGGCCUCAGGAAUCACCAGUAAGGGAGAAGGAGCUCAAAGCCAGCCACAAACCUUUACCACCCUGAAAUAUGAUCCUGGGGAGUUUGAAGGAAGUGUGGCUGGCCUCUGUCUUGGCCUCAUGGUCACCAUGACUGCCAUUGCCAUGCUUUGUUCCCUGAUACUUAAAAGAUCAAGAAAGCUAUGUUGGCCAGCUGUACCAAAUCCAAAAUAUAGCGCUGCUCUGCUGAGUAUGGAGAGAACCACACCAGUGGUUCUUCUGGGACCCAGUUUACAGACUCCGUCACAAGCAUAUAAUGAAGCCAAUGAGCUUUAUGUGGUAGAUGAUGAUUCAGAGGCACUGUUAAGACAAGGAUCCCUUUCUCCGGGCACAGCUACAAUGGUUUCCACAGACCAUUCUGAAGCAGUUGCAAGGCAAAUACUGGACAUAACUCUGAAUCCUUUGAAAAUCCCUGACCAAGUCAGCAGCGGCGAGAAGGGAAAGGUUGGAGUUCACACUGAUUAUAUUGGUGUGGCUGUCAGUCAGAGAGCUAUGCAGAAGCUCUCAACACAUCUCCCUAAAGGAGCAGCCCAUCUAGAGAGGAAGUUAAUCAACAAUUCAAGGAGACCACCAGCAGCACACACUGCUCAAAAUCCUCUGAUGCUAAGUCAGGGGGUGCUUAGUCCAGCAACUUUGUCCUUAGAAAGCAGGUCAAAAUUUGAGCAAAAUCGUCAUGAAUCACCUUGUAGAGAUGAACAGCAAUUAAAAGACAGAUUCCAGCAGUAGGGCAUUUCAUUUUAGGGGUGAAACCCCUAUGCAAGU